AUGAUAGAUGUCGGUUGUUCUUAUCUGGAAGGUGAGGAUCCUCCUGGAUAUCGCCCGGAUAUAAUUCGUGUGGUAAGGAGUAGGCAAUCUUGCGAUGGAUUAGGCUUGUCUCAGGCUAUCAAAGCCCCAAUUUUGAUUUGGAACUGGCUCAUAGGACCAGCAAAGAUUGAAUCCGAGGACUUCGAAAAUGUUUGCGAACACUUUCUGGUGCAUUCAUACAAGCAUCAACUCGACAUUCGCUUAGCGAAAGGAAAGCGAGUCAUUGAAAUUGCAACGAAUAGCGCCACAACUUUUGGAAUGAUUAAACGGUUAGCGGCACUAUAUGAGCUUACAGAAGUGGGUCUGCAGAAAGACCAUGAAGUUGACUAG